AUGUCUGAUUCACGAGUUCAUGUGAUCAAUCCUCAAACUACCAUCCUUGAGAAAUCACCGACUUUCUAUGUGAAAAAUGAAUUUCAGAUCUUUGACCCCGACACUGGCAUAAAAUGGCUCCAGCAAAUUACACCGCGAAAUGUGCGCAAUCUCCGCCGGCUUUGGAUCUCUGUUCAUGCAGUUUAUAAUCCGGGGCCAUACACCGAUUUCCUCACAGAUAAGCCUCCAAAUGGUCCAAAAUGGCGCGAGUUUCUCGACAAAAUCUCCACGGAGGCCGACGGUCUCCAGGAAAUAGUUCUUUACCUUGACUCGGAGCCAACUGUCAACCACUGGGGCCCAGCUGUGGAUGUCGAAUUCGUGCGAGCGCUUGGAAGGCUCUCGAGGAUCAAUGAUCUACAGAAGCUGGAAAUCCGGGGGUACUUCCCUAAGGAGUGGCCUGGAUACCUUGAGCAAACCACUGGCCUCAAAGUUUGGGACGAAACAGCCCAGGGGGAGAUGUACUUGAGGUCAUUGCGAGAUUUUCAAGGGGGUCUAAAAGAUCAAAAUAUUUGA